GAGCCCUCAUUCUUUUAAAUCACAGUUUCUCCUGUGGAAGAGCUUCCCUUUUGGGACAGGUCGUCUGCAUGCAGAAAAGAAUGGGAGAAGCUGUAGCCAGAGUUGCAAGAAAGGUGAAUGAAACAGUAGAAAAUAAAACAGACUCCCUAGAUUUGGCUGACUGCAAGUUGAUGACCUUUCCAGUCGGCAUUUACAAAGUCAUGAGGAACGUCGCUGAAGAGAUACAUCUCAUAACUCUGGCCAAUAACGAACUGAAGUCUCUGACUGGCAAGUUUAUCAUCACUUUCAACCAGCUACAAGAACUUAACCUAGAAGGGAAUUACCUGCAUCGCCUGCCAGAAGAGAUCAAAACCCUGUUACAUCUCAAAGCCAUCAACUUGUCUAAAAACAAGUUUCGACAUUUCCCUGAGCAACUUACUGCCUUGAAAACUCUGGAGACCAUCAACCUUGAAGAAAAUGAGAUUUCAGAUGUCCCUGUUGAAAAGCUUGCUUCAAUGGAGUCCUUGCGGAGUGUGAACCUGAAGUUAAACCCUCUGAACGAGGAGGUCCGGGCGAUUGCUAGGCCACUGAUAAAGUUUGACCUCCUGGUAUCUCCAGAGGGUGCACAAGCUGUCCCUCAAGUCUGAAACACUGACUUGGAUGAAUGGACUUGGUGUGGCUUUGUUUGAAAAUUGUUUUUUAAAAGCGGGGAUGAGGGACUGAUACUGCAGGGCAUGCUGCUCUAGCAUGACCCCACCAGCUUCCCCAAACUGCAUGACUUCUGUGGGUGUUUAGAUGUGAAGAGUAGUUUGGGCAGUGGGAGGAAUCAGGUUUUUCAGAACUGAUAUUUCAUUGAUAGAGUGGAUCCUGCUUAAAGGAACUCCUGUUAGUUCUUUCCUUGCAACUGUCUAAAAUACAUAGCACAUUGAAAUGCAGAGAGACCCUCUGACAUGACAUGAUAAAGGAAGAAGUCUGUGAAAAGAUCAAACUUUCAGGGCUCAGAAAGGAACAUGUAGUGCAGGAAUAGGCCAGAUAAGGAAUCACGCUUAAUUGAAUACAUUUUCUACACACAAAAUAAAUAGUUGUUUGCACAGCAAUGAAUCUCUGGAAGCAGACACCCACUAAAAGAAUAACACCUACUGCAACAGAGAUCAGUUUAAUACCUGCACCAUUCCUGCAAGUGCAGGUCUUGUUAUACAGGUCAAAGCAUAAUAUUAGAGUGGAGGACUACUGAGUAGAGAUUAGUCCUGCAGGAAACGGCCAAGCACGCAUUUACAACCUUUGCAACUCCAAGCUUAUAAUCCUUUUAAGAAGAAUUGAAACCUUCCAAAGCUAAUUUAUUUUUAAUUUUGAUCAGUUUGAUCUUAGUGGCUUUCCUGUAACCUAAGAUCCUGCUCUUGUUCUACAGCAGAGGUUCUCAAACUGUGGUCUGCGAGCUUCGUUCAGGUGGUCCGCAGAAAGGUUGAAGACCAAUCAAGAAUAUCUGUACUUGUAAAACUACUGAUAUUAAAAUAUGAGUUAUUUGCUUUGAUUUGUAGAACAAAAAAAAGUUUACUAAGUGGUCUGCCAAGAACCUCAGCAAUGUUCAAGUGGUCCACGAAAAAAAAAAUUUGAGAACCACUGUUCUAUAGGAUAUACUGAAUGGGCACCUCUGAUUGGCAACACAAGAUGGUAACACUUGUUUGUAGAGAAACGUUCAUUUGCAACAGAUUCUCUGUACUUAAGACAACUUUCUCCCAUAUUCCAUUCAGUAUUUUAUUGACUGGGCAAAAUGAUCCUUUUUGACAGUGUUAUUGAUUUGCUUCCAGAUAAUUAGUUCUUUGUUAGCCUUGGAAGACUUGUCUUCAGUGCAAAGUUAACUGGUAUUAUAACUCCACACUGUCAUUGUCUUAAUUCAAGCCUCACCUUUGUCCCUGCAAAAAUCCAUUAUCUUAAAUGUGAAAGCACUCUCUGCUUGGUUUGGCUGGCCAAAGAGGGGGUGUAAGCUAAAACUCAAGUAAGAGCAAAUUAUUAGCUUAUAACAUGAGCACUCUGGACUCAGGACUUUUGAAUGCUACUAGUCCUCCUAUGCUUUAGCAUGUGAUCAGGUAAGUUCUCCAGAACUUCACUGGUAAAGAAGUCAUAGAAGUGGCUCAAUUUACUGUAGCAGUAAGAGCCACAACUUCUACCCCAAGAGAUUCAAGUGCCAAAUACAAAUGAAUGCUGAACCAGGCUCAGUGUGAUUGCUGUCUUUUGAGUUAGACUAAGAGGCCUAACUCGAGUUAACUUGGUAGUGAAGACAUAUCAUAUGGCUGACUAUUAAUGUACUGGUUGACUAUAUAAGUUUACUGACUGGUAAUGCACUGAUAUCAUCAACAGAAGGAAUAAAGGUAUGUUAGAAUAUAGGUGGAAAAGCUGGUUUCUGCAUAGCACACCACUAUGUGUCAAUUCUAAUUUCAGUGAUCUUUCGGAGUUUGUUUUGUCCAAAGCUGCUCACUGCUUAUCUCAGAAAGCCUUCACAUUAGAUACAUUUUGUUUGAGCAGAAUUAUCUGGUUUCCUGAUAUUAAGGAUCAAGACAACUAGGUGGCCAGAGGAAAGUAUAACUUGCUAGUGAGAAAUUGCCAUGGAGUGGCUGUUGUGUUUGUGUUUAAAAAGGCAAUAAAUAAACCUAUAUGUCAUCUGGCACUUAAUGUUGUUUUCCACAGAAUAUAAAUUUGCUGAAGGUACCUAAUGUGUAAGUGUGGAAGCAGUCAUUUUUCAGUGCGUAUUGUAGCUCCUUGCUAUUUAUAACCUUAACGUUAAAAUGUUGGCUGCUCUCAAAUUUUGGUAUCUAUAGCAAGUCAGGUACAAGGUUCUUUUCUUCAAGCCCCUCUUUUUUUCCUUUCCUUUUUUUUUUAACAAUGAAAUUUUCCUUUAGAAUAAUCUUAGUGGUUGUCUUCUCUAACAUUGAAAGAUUAGAGCAGGGGAAUGGUUUCCUGAAAUCAGAAAGCGCUGACAGAAAGUGACCUUCAUUUAAUCAGCAAGUGAAAUGUGAUGUGCCAAAUGAAAUGUAUCCUAGCUAUAUUCAUCUUGUGUGUAUACCUGGAAAGCAGUUUUGUUGUUCUCUUCUGAAGAUGUUUCUUUUAACCAGUUGAUUAAAUUCUGAGCUGGGUAUUCUUUUUGCUCUAAACCUUGAAAUUAAUACUGUCUGUCCUUUCUUU